CCGGGCUCCCAGCGGCAGUGUAGGAGACUCUUAGCGGGGAAAACUGUGUCCAAAUCCGGGGAGAACUCAGACGGAGGAAUCCACAAUGAGUUGGGGAACGGAGCUCUGGGACCAGUUUGAUAAUCUGGACAAACACACCCAGUGGGGGAUCGACUUUCUUGAGCGCUAUGCAAAGUUUGUCAAGGAAAGGCUGGAAGUAGAGCAAAACUACGCCAAGCAGCUAAGGAGCUUGGUAAAGAAAUACUGCCCAAAACGCUCUAAAGAUGAGGAGCCGAGGUUCACAUCGUGUCUGUCAUUCUACUCCAUACUGAAUGAACUCAACGACUAUGCCGGUCAGAGGGAGGUGGUGGCGGAGGAGAUGGCUCAUAAGGUUUAUGGAGAGCUGAUGAGGUACAGCCAAGACCUCAAAACUGAGAGGAAACAUCAUCUACAGGAGGGCAGGAAGGCUCAGCAGUAUUUGGAUCAUUGCUGGAAGCAGAUGGACAACAGUAAAAGGAAGUUUGAGAGAGAGUGCAGAGAAGCAGAGAAAUCCCAGAUUUCCUACGACAAGCUAGAUAAUGACAUCAAUGCCACCAAAUCAGAGGUGGAGAAGGCCAAAGCUCAGUUCUACCUGCGGACUCACAUGGCGGAUGAGAGUAAGAACGAGUACGCCGCUCAGCUACAGAACUUCAACGCAGAACAGUGGAAACAUUUCAACAACGCCAUACCACACAUCUUCAAGAAUCUGCAGGACAUGGACGAACGUCGGACGGUGAAGCUCGGAGAGACGUACCGGAGCUUCGCUGAGUCGGAGCGGAGAGUCAUUCCCAUCAUUUCCAAAUGCUUAGAAGGAAUGGUUUCGGCUGCUAAAGCUGUCGACGAGCGAAGGGAUUCAACCAUCGUUGUGGAAUCAUUUAAGUCCGGCUUUGAACCCCCAGGCGACUUCCCCUUCGAGGACUUCAGUCAGAAUUUGAGCAGAACGGGUUCAGAUGGGACCAUCAGCAGUACACCCAAAGGAGAAAGAGACAAAGACGGAGCCCCGGGGCCGAGAUCCGACCCCAAACACCAGAUGAGCAAAACCAAGAACAAGCUCUGGUUGUUUGGGAAGAAACCGAAGGCGCCGUCUCUGGAAGAUUUCAGCCACUUGCCCCCCGAGCAGAGGAGGAAGAGGCUGCAGCAGAGGAUCGAUGAACUCAGCAAGGAACUCCAGAAAGAGAUGGAUCAGAGAGACGCGCUGAACAAGAUGAAGGAUGUUUAUGAGAAGAAUCCUCAGAUGGGAGACCCCAUCAGCCUGCAGCCCAAAAUAUCAGAGACCAUAUGUAACAUGGAGAAGCUACGCUCUGAAAUACACAAAAAUGAGACUUGGUUAUCUGAGGUGGAGGGAAAGCAGAGCUCCAGAGGAGACAGAAGACACAGCGCCGACAACCACCAUCACACUCCUCAAGGCAGAGAGAGUCCUGAGGGCAGUUAUACAGACGAUACCAGUCAGGAGCAUCACACGCCUCAUCACCGCACCAGUCCUCCACAGCCCGGUAACCCGAACCCCGACCCCCACGAGUUUGACGACGAAUUUGACGAUGACGAUCCGCUACCCGUCAUCGGACACUGCAAAGCUCUGUACUCCUUCGAUGGUCAGAACGAGGGGACGUUGGUGAUGGCAGAAGAUGAGGUGUUGUACAUCAUAGAGGAGGACAAAGGCGACGGCUGGACGCGGGCGAGGAAGCAGAGCGGGGAGGAGGGCUACGUCCCCACCUCCUACGUAGAAAUCACCAUGGAGAAAAACAGCAAAGGUUCCUGAGGGCUGCAGGGUGGCCGGGCGAUUUGAUUGGCUGGUGGAGGGCUCACGCUGAUUGCUGAUUAUUGGUGGUGGGGGUGACCAAGAAAGAGAAAGAGAGAGAGAGAGAGAAAAUAAGACAAGAGAGAGGAGGAAAGGAAAAGGAAAGAAUUGGUCUGAGAGGCAGGUUUGCAUGUCUGCAUGCUCACAAAUCAAUAAUCAAGAAAGAGCAUUCUGGGAUAGUAGAAGACGAGGGAGGGUCGUACAGUAGGUUGAAGAGCAGAUGACCCCUAAAGCCAAAAAUAGGCACCAUUAAUAUUUAAUAUCUUAAUGUUGGAUCCCAUGUGAUAGCCACUGCAGAAGUCCCAGGGCCUUCCAAGAAUUUCUCUAAAGAGUAGCAGAGCAGUGAGUCUUUAGAGACCUUUUCAGACCACAAAGAACUCCUCAAGUUUGAACUUGUAAGGGUCUUACAAGUUGGGACUUCUGUGAUGGCUACACGUCUUUAACAGUUUUGAGCAAAUUUUAUCACAUCAAGGGGGAACAAACAUGCUGAUCUCUCUCUCUGAUUUGAAAAAUUCAGGAGUUUUCCAUUUUAGGAUCCAUCCUUAACUGGAGGACAGUAAUCCAUGUGCAUGUGUACUUGAAAGAUUUAACUCGGAGAGCAGAGCAGCAGCAUGUUUUCCUCUCUGAUAUGAUGUGAAUUAAAGUCAGUCUUCUCUCUGUAAGGUGCUGGUCAGAGUGUUUUUGGAAAAGUUGAUCUAAGCCGCUUGUAGUGUUAUUUAAGUUUUUUAUCGCAUAUAGCAUUUUCCCACUCUUAUAAAUGGGUUCCACAAACCACAAAAAUAGCUUUCUGACAAAAUAUUCUCAUCACAAAUUCCGCACAUGCUUAAAUGAGAGGAUGUCUGAGCAACUCUGUCCACUGAGGAAGAUCAUGAGAUGUGGCUGAAGGCUUUGGAAACAACAAGUAAGUGGACUUUGUGAUGAGUUAUUUUUUGUCAAACUGCUUUUUCCGAGUUUAAGAGUAAAGUGAUCUUAAUUUACAGAUUCACAUUUUUUCCCUUUACCACACUAUCAGCACUUCAUCUUUUCCCCUAAACCUUUGAUCCAGCUCCUGAGAGAAACAUCAGCUCAGAAUAUCAGGGUUUAAUAUCUUUCAGGGUCAGUUUUUUUUUCUUCUAAUUUGCUGCCACUAACAAUAUCAGCGCUGCACUGUUUUAACUCAUCCUUGUUAUAUCAUUAUCAUCAUCAUCUGUGCUCUGUUGGUGAUGUCUGCCUGCCUGCCUGCCUGCCUGCCUGCCUGCCUGCCUGAGCCACUCUGCUCCUCAUGCCUGCCUUCAUAUGUCACCAACAUACAGUCGCUUGUCUUUAACGUGUCAUAAAUGUCUCUGAAAACAUGAUCAGGUGUUUAAUCUGCAUUUUUUUGUAAGAGCGUGUGUUUGCAACUCUGGCUGUCUGGACUGUGUUGUAUGUUGAAUGCAAUGUCAUCAUGAUGUCUUAAUGAGUUUCCAGCAUGAUUUAUUUAUUUAUACGAUCUCCUAAAACAGCAGCUGGGUCAAAUAAGAGAUACUCGUUAGGCAGGGCUAUCAGAUGAAUACAGGACCUCUCCACUCCUCUCUUUCUUCUUCUCCUUUUCCCACCUUGUACUCUUCUUCUUCUUCUUCUGCUACUCCCGGGUUGCAAUUCCACCAGUUGACCACCAGAUGGCAGCAUUUCCCCACCAAACCACAGUUCAGCUCGAGCAGGACCGGGACACUUCAUUAAUAACACCAAACAAAACAAAAAAAACAAAAAAACAAAAAAAAGAAGAGCUUCGAUGUCUUUGCAGUCUGACUCUGCCUUAAAACUUCCUGUUGUUUUACUGUGGAGGGAUAAUUAUUAUUAUUCCACACACGUAUCUGGAUGUGUCUGCUCUUCUGCCUGACUACGUCUCCCAUCAGCCACCUGGGCUCAAGCCCCACCUCCUUGGGGGA